AUGUCGACCACCACCGGCACCCCCAGCACCGAGACCCCCUAUCGCCAAAUCCGCGCCCUCUACGACGCCGACACAAUCACCGUCUACCAAGCCUACCAAUCCAGCAUCGCGCUGCCCGCCGUCGCCUCGCAGAAGCUCUCCGCCUCGCCCGACUUCAACCUCGAGCGCAUGACAUGGAUCAAGCCGAGCUGGACGUGGAUGAUGUACCGCAGCGGGUACUCGUACAAGAGCGAGCGGCAGGCGCACAUCCUCGCGCUCAAGGUCAAGCGCGAGGGCUUUGAGAAGCUGCUGCAGAAUGCGUCGGUGGCGUGGAAGGAGAGGAAGGAGAUCCGGGUCCAGUGGGACCCGGAGCGGACGGUGGCGUUGGAGAAGCUGCCGUAUAGGAGUAUACAGGUGGGAGUGGGGAGGGGCAUGGUGAAGGAGUGGGUGGAGGAGAUGAUUGUGGGGAUUGAGGAUGUGACGGAGAGGGCGAGAGAGAUGAAGAAGUUGGUGGAUGAGGGGAAGAUUGCGGAGGCGGAGAAGUUGGUGCCGGAGGAGAGGGAGUAUGUACUGAGUGAGGGGCUAAGGGAGGAGUUAUCGAUGAAUACAACAAAGGAAGAUGCGGAUCAGUGGAAGCUGGAGCAUGGAAAGGGGAAUAGUCAUUGA